GGCAUUUUCCCAGAAUGCAUUUUGCACCAGCGACAGGGGAAAAUGGCGGAGGAGAAAAUUCACAUUAGAAAGUAGACAUUUUCUAAAUACUACCGUUGUUGAGUAACGGAAUGUAAUGUAAGGAUGUUUUCGGGCGAGAAGUUAGUUGUGUUAGCAUCAAAUCUGGUGUUGGUUUGUCGAGAUUCAGCCGAUUUAAGGAUAUGCGUCAACGAUUACGGAGAUUUGAGGUCCGGCUCUUGGGUUCAGUGAGCCUCGCAGCACCGGGGACUUGAAGGAUGUAGUGUGCGGUCAUCAACUUUCUCUAACUCAUCAAGAAAUCCCCAAAUCAUCUGCAUUCCCUCAUGCUCAAAGCUUGUUUCCAUGUGAGGGGCAUUUUCCUUCAAAGUGCCUUCACCUCAUAUUCAGAUACAGUGAGGUGAGUAAACAUCGGCUGUAGGAGAGACCACCUCACAAUGAGUGACACACAAUUGACCCCACAUUCUUAUUGUGAGAAAAAACCAAACUAAUGCCACAGCAGUAACAAAAAAUACAUUGAAUCACAUUCGUUUGGGGUGAGGAGGAGGUUCUGGGUGGAUGAAAUGACAAGAUGUAAGACAUACAUAUCAUCGUAUCACUCACCCAGCAGUCACAUGGCUGUUACCACGGAAAAUAUCUCAAGAUGAAGAAAAACAGCUCUGUGGUUUCACCCACAUAUUCUCUGGCAUAUCUAUCCAUCUCCGUGACAGUCCAAACCUCAAUGUGUCUAGAUAUGCGUUCUACAUACCUUUUUUAUAAUAGUUUUUGUUAAGUUUCCGCAAAAAGUAGUUGUGAUAUAUCAAAUUCUUUUUACAUCUUUUUUUACCUUCUUCUUUUACCUCCUUACCUUAUUAUUUCCGUCAUUAGUGUCUUUUUAAGGUCUAUAUCUUUUAAAUGUCUAUAUCUAAAGAGCUUUAUUAAUACAGAACACAGGUGUAUACAAUACAGGAAUGUACUCAUGUAUUAUACAGGUUAAGUAUACUACAGUGAUCAACCGUAUUUAGCAUUUAUUUGCAGUAUAUAAACAUUUAAUAAACUAUUUUAAAAAAACACUAAUGUAGUUAUCAGCUUAUAUGUGGAUACUUUUAUGUACUAAUGUAAUAAUCAACAAUUAUAACUUCUCCCAUGUAGAAAUAUUUUAAAUUGUAACAACUGUUUUUACACUUUAUUCAAUGUUUGUUUGUACUGUAUACCAGCACUUAUGGCACUUAUCAACAAUUAUCAUUGUUGAUAAAUGUAUCGAUAAUAUCUGAUUGGAGCUAUAUUAGUGAGUUAUAAACAGUUCAUCAAAUGUUUAUGUACUCCUUAUAAAUGAUAAAGUUAAGUUUUUUCAAUCGGGGAUAAAUACAUAUUAUUUAUGGCAAUACAUAUUAAAAACACAGCCUGAGCUACUUCUACCUUUAUUUUUCCAUUCUUUAAAUAUUAACAAUUAACUGCAUUAAAUGAAAGAGGCUAAAAUGUCGGCUAUCAAACACACAUUUGACUGGCAGUGUAGGUCUGUUUCUACUGCAGCGACAGGAAUUGACGGAAAGGAAAAACAGAACCGAGCGUGGAGGCGAUGAUUCACUUUCACGAAUAUUCAUCGGAAGAUGAUACCAUAUAACUGAAUGGCCACGUUCUCAUAAACCUGUUGAUGAUGAUGAUGAUGGUUGGGAGGAGAACUGUGCGUUAAGCGGUGGUUCUGACUGGCAGUGACGAAGGAGAGGUGACAGGGUGGUUUGGCGUUUGCGGUUUUGCCAUUUCGGUUUCAAAGCAACAACUGAAGGGAUUCGUAAACAAGUAACAUUCAUUGCAUGUGUGGAGAAUAAUUGUAAAGUAUUUGACAGCAUAUUUCAAGCUCAGCACUAUUUUUAAGGGACAAAUACAGUAUGCACAAACUAUCCGAUACUGUGCUUGUGUCGUGUGUAAGCUUCGGCUUUCAAAUUGAAUAAUGUUACAUAUCGUUACACAAUUUAUUUGAUGUGAAGAAAGAAACGGAAAGAAGUAGAGAGAAUCCGUGGGAGGAAGUGGGUCUCCCUGUUUACAUCUUGUCAGUUUCCAGGCUGACAAAGACAGACGCAUCAAAGCCGGGCUUGUAGCUGAAGUCACAUGAUCAGCAGAGCAACUACCAAAUACUCCGCCUCCUUUUGGCACCUACAGGUUCAUAUAAAUACCUCACAAAAACACAUCGGAGAGCACACUUAGCAAAGAAAGACGUUUGCGAUUUGAAAAGAGAGCAAAUAGAGAUUCAAGAAGGGGAUAGAGAUUACAGGGACAUUUGUGGAAACGUUGAAACAAAUAAAUAAAAAUCAAACCAACAUAAAGAUGCCGUUGGACUAUUUCAUCUUUGUGAUGAUCACCUUUCUUUUGACAGCGGCUCAUUGUGAGGAAACUGAGGUUUUUGCUGAAGCCGGCUCUCGGGCUGUGCUCCCCUGUAAAUGUAGCCCGCUGUACCCAUUUAUCCCCACCAUCCUCUGGAGUAAAGCCAACAAAGGCACUGUUUGGAGAAAGGAAAGGAAUGGUCUGCAGUACUGGGGCUAUAGCUGGUUUCAACGCGUUAGAUGCCCCAACUCCCGGUUUGAAAAAGGCGAUUUCAGCCUGCAAAUCAACAAUGUCAGGGAGGGGGAUGGAGGAGUUUACUCUUGCAGGGUGGAGCAUGGAGACCAGGUCGUUGUAAAAGUGGUCACGCUCAGAGUCACUGAGGUGUCCAUCUCUUCCUCGGUUCCCGUUUUUGGGAUCGGCGUUUGGAUCAGCUGUAAAGUGACUCCUUGGCCUCACGGAGCCACUGUGCGGUGGACAUUGAACAACAGCCCAUUUGUGCCUCAGGCUGGAAUCGCCGCAAACAGGGGUACCACUGAAAAUGUUGUGAGGGAAAAGGCAACCGCAAGACUGACUGGAAACUGGACCUGUGUGGUGGACUACAAGGGCAAAGAGGGGCGAGCUUCGGCAGCUCUGGCUGUGAAGGGUGUCAUCCACCCAUCCAAAGACGAUACUAAAGUGUAUGCUGCUGUGGGAUCUGCAGUCACACUCCCCUGUGUGUUCUCCCCUAGUUUGAUCCCCUCUAAUCCUGUCUGGGAAAAACUGAAACCCGGGUUUCUUUUUAAACCUGCUCCUGGUCGCCUUCCUACCUCGUUCUCGUCAUCGUUCUCUCAGCACCCCUCUGAUCAAUCUGCCAGUUUGAAAGAAGUCGGGUUGGAGGAUGAGGGCAGGUACAGAUGCUCUGGCAGCAUAGCAGGACAACGGUUGACUCGAAAUAUGCAGCUUGUCGUUGCCAAAAUUCACAGCAGCAUCCCGUCAAAGGACACAGGCUCUGCAACGCUGACCUGCCAACUGACAGACACGAGCGAGGUCACCGACUAUGAGUGGGUUCAUGUGGUCUAUGACCUCAAUGGCACCCGAUCAGUUGGGUCCCUCCAGAAAGGGAAGUCUGUGAGUAUAAGCAGAGUGUCCAAGGAGAACCAGGGCGAAUGGGCAUGUCGUUUCUACGGGAGAGACGGCAUUUUGGGAAAUAUAACAUACCACAUUCAACUGAUGAGUGGUCUAAGUGGACAAACAUCUUUGGGUGUCUCACAUAACACUGCUGCCAUGGUUGGUCUCAGCUUUCUCCUCCUUGUCCUGCUGUUGAUCUUGGCUCAGAUGUACAAGAACCACCGACGGAGGAAGAGGAUCUUUCAGUACCCUGCACUGGAGACAAUUGUUCAUACCGUCUCAAAUGAGCGGGAGGAGAGAGAAAGAAAACAAGUGAAAAACUAAAGACAUUAAAGCAGAGGCAUCUAAACUGAAGUGAGAUCUAUCUUCUUCAUCUUUGCAAUAUUUUGGGAGACUUCUGUUUGCACAAUAAUUGUAAAUACUGUAUUUUCAGAGCAAACAUUGUAGUGGUAUUGUUGAAUUUGAAAUGUUGUGUAUUAUCUUGUUAUUUGUGUCUUGUUAUCU